CAAUAUAGAAUAGCUUUUGAAGUAAAGGGUAUUCUUUGAUUAAACGUAGCUAGAAUCUGUUCCCUUCUUCUUCUUCUUCUUCUUAUGGCUUACAAGUUUUAGUCUCCAGAACAAGUGGAAAAAAAUAAUUCCAUUUAGUUUUAGGAAUCUUUUGUGUGAUGGAGUUGGGUGAUUGUUGUUUAACUUCGAGUUCAACAAAGGGAGAGAAGCGAAAGCUGCGUAGGCAACAGCAGCAAGAGAAACCAUUCAGAGGGAUAAGGAUGAGGAAGUGGGGGAAGUGGGUUGCUGAAAUCAGAGAACCCAACAAGAGGUCUAGGAUUUGGCUCGGUUCUUAUACCUCCCCUAUAGCCGCUGCUCGUGCUUACGACACCGCCGUUUUCUACUUGCGUGGCCCUUCCGCUAGGCUCAACUUCCCUGACCUCGUUUUACAAGAAGACGACCUCCGGGAUAUCUCCGCCGCUUCCAUACGCAAGAAAGCAACCGAGGUGGGGGCUAAAGUCGACGCUUUGGAAACUUCGCUUCAUCAUGCUUCUGCUUCAUCUUCGGAAUCAUCCAUCCUUUCUCGAGUUUUCCGGAAACCUGAUUUGAACAAGUACCCCGAAACUUCUGAUGAGGAUUGAACAUUAUAAUAUUUACCAUAACCACUAAGCCUACAACUGUUUAUAGUCGCCACUUGUUUUUCUUUCACUUUUGUCUUUUGAUUCUCUCAUGAAAUAGAAAGUGCCCGAGGAAUAGAAUCAAUAAGGAAAAUGGAUUGAUUCUCUGUUUGAUAAGGUUAUGAAUGUUUUGCUUUGGGAA